AUGGACACUGAAGCGCGUCAAAUUUUGCAUGAUGAGCGAACGAGUGAUUGUCGGAGUUUUGGCAGCAAUAUUCGUCCAUCUAGCCAGACAGGAAAAAUUUCUAUAGGAGUUAUGGCAGAUUCAAAAGCUAGCACAAGAAAUGGAGCCAUGAAAGGGUACGGGGCUGUCGUGCCAAUUGUGGGAAAUUUCAGCGGAGAAAAAAACAUUGUUGAAGGAGUGACCGCUUCCUUUAAUAUAAAGCAAACUGAAGGUCCAGAAGCUGUUAAGUGUUCUUGGAUCUCUAAAUCCCUUUACCAAAGAACACCUACUUCUGAGGCCAUUCUUCAAGCCAACCAAGCAUCUGUUUUAGUCUCUCCUGGCGGGCAGGAUGGGCCUGAUGGAACAGUGUGUGAAGCUGGAAAACAUUCGGUUCAGCUUUUCUCGUAUCAGACUUCAAUAUCUCCUUCUAAUAAUUACAAGAAGUUUGAUGGGGACACAAGCAGAAGGAAGGGAAGAAAGGACGGGACCACUGAAAGGGUAAAGGAAUUUACAUUUACCACUGCACAAGAAAUCUUGAAGUCCGAUAAAACUGACCCGGAGGACAAAAUAAAUAGAACAGAAAAUAGAACUGAGAAUUUGAGGAUGAAACUAUGGCAAAUAUUGGGGACUACUUCCCCAAAGAGUCAGCAUUCAGGUUCCCACACCAGUAACAAAGAUGAGGAAAAUUUGCCGCUUGAGCAAUGUUUGAACCCGAAAGAAAAUCAAUCCGUUAAGACAAGACAAAAUUCAGAUACUAUAGAAAAUGAUUCGGAAAAUACUGAUCAUACUCGUAAGAGGCCAGUAACUCGUUCCUGGAGCCGAAAGAAAGCAUCUUCCAAAAAACAACCGGGAAAAUGUAAAAGUGGUCCAUCUUCAAAUUUCAUGGAGAAUCAUCGACAAAAAAGUAUAUUUUCUUUUGAAGAAAAAUGGAUUGGGAAACAAGAUAAUUUUCCAAAUGAUGAUUCCUCAACGUCUUUGAAGAGAAAGAGUAAGGGAAAGAAAUCCAGAAUUGGACAACAUAAGAUCUGCUUCACUGAAAAUGAUACCACAGAUAAACUUCAUCAAGACACUUCGAAGACUGUUCUACCGCUGCAUGACGGGACAAUGUUUUCACUUGGGGAAAAAAUGGGAGGAUUUAUUGGUAGCCUACCUGAUUAUCAGACAAAAUGCCCUCAGACAGAGAAGAACCAAGAAAAAGAAUUUUACCAGCCACCGACAGUAAACAGUUCAGAUCAUCAUGGAGAACUUGAGGUCUCAGAAACUGGAAAUGAGCAAGAAUAUAGAAGUGAUCCAGUUAUAGAGAAUGUUUCUAAGUCACAAGAUUAUUUUCAAAGUCCUACAUUUCAACUUAAGACACCUAUUUUAAGUUCUUCUCCUAACUCAACACCCAAAACAGACCGAAAGGCAAAUGAUGUUAGCAGUCCGACAUCAACUGAAAGAAGAUUUUCUCUGGGAACCAUUCGUAGUUUAAGCUCUUUUCAGACUUUGGAGCCAGAUUUCAACAGACUUGGAGAACAAAGAUUUCAGGAGAUGGAAGAGCUCAUAUCUUCUAUUCCCAGAGAAGACAAAUCUUCUGAGACACAGAAUAAAGAGCAGGAUGGCUCAUCUGAUUCAUCAUCUGAGGAGCGAAAUUUCCAAGGAUCUCGUGAAGGUACAGGAGACAGUGAUUGGAUCGACGAAGCUUCUGAGCAGAAUCAAGAUGGGUUUGUAAGGGCUGUUGAGCUGUUAGCCUUGGAAUUGGGCAAAGUUAAGAGCAAACUUAAUUCGAUGACAAGCAAAAAAUCCUCAGAAAUUUUGAAGUCUGUUGCUGAAGAAAUUCACCUGCAGCUUCAGAAUGUUCAUUCUCAGAUUCAAACAGACAUGGGAAGGUUUACAAAUCUCAGUAAAUCAAAAAGGAAACGGCUAGAAACAAGAUUUGAAGAGCAACAGAAACAGUUGAGAUUGAUAUACAACAGAUUCAAGGAAGAAAUCAAUCUGCAUCUACAGGAUUGCAAAGGCACUGUCGAAGAUCUUGAAGCAGAUCAGAUAGAGAUCAAAGGAGCCCUGGAAAAGCAAAGAGUCGCACAUAAGAAGCUUCUAUCGCAAGUUGAAGAGGCAGCGGAGAUCCAACUCAAUGACGCUGAAAGGAAACUCCGAAAGGCGAGGGGAAAACUGCUACAAUUAAAGCAGGUUGUAGCAAUGUGCUUGAAAGAGGGCAUACUAAAUUGA